AUGAGUCUGCAACAUACACUGACUUUUCAGAUGGACACAUUUGCCACGGGCAUGACUGUGCCAGUGCUCCUGGUCCUGCUGAGCCUGGUGAUUGGGAGCAGCCAGGGGUGCUACUGUGAACAUUACCCAUGGGGGUCGUGGUCUGCCUGCUCACAGACCUGCAACUUUGGCACACAGACCAGGCACAGGCAAAUAAGAAUGGAUGAAUAUUAUAGCCAAAACUUCUGUGACCAGCUGUGCAAAAAGCAAGAAUCUCGUCCAUGUAACCAGCAAACAUGUCCUAUCAACUGUCAGCUUGGAGACUUUGGCCCUUGGUCAGAAUGUGACCCCUGUGUUAAAAAACAAUUCCGUACCCGGCCACUCCUGCGACCAUCCCAGUUUGGGGGCCAGGCCUGUACUGAGCCACUGGUGGAUUCCCGUCCAUGUUUCCCAGCUAAGCUCUGCAACAUAGUGGAAGUUGACUGCAAGAAUAAAUUUCGGUGUGAGAGUGGUCGCUGUAUUUCAAAAACACUGGAAUGUAAUGGAGAAAAUGACUGUGGGGACAACUCUGAUGAAAGAAACUGUAGAAGCAAAAAGACUGUGUGUAACCGAAAGUAUGAGAGCAUCCCAGGUGUGCAAUUAAUAGGCAGUGGAUUUCACAUUCUGUCAGGAGAGAGCCGAGGGGAAGUUCUUGGCAACUCAUUCAAUGGAGGACGGUGCACAACAGUGAAGCACAAUGAGACAAGGAAAUUGUAUCGUGUCCCUGCGAAUCUGGAGGCUGUCAGCUUUCAGGUAACAGAUGAAGAGGAUGAUGUCACAUCAGAUUUCUACAAAGAUUUAACUCCCCUGAGUGAAAGUGCUUCUGGCAGUAGUUCAUCUACUCAUAGUGGUAAACAUUCUUCUGGUAUCCCAUUUUUAUUCUCAAGAAAGACACGGGUCCAGGUUACAUCAUCUUCAUCGUUCAAGAAAGCUAUUGAAGCCUCGUAUGAAAAGAACUCAAACUUUAUUAGAGUCCAUAAAGUAAUUUCUGUUGCAAACUUCACAAUGAAACAGUCAGAUCUGCAGCUAUCAGACGUCUUUCUAAAAGCACUUAACCAGUUGCCCCUGGAGUACAACUAUGCUUUAUACAGCAGAAUAUUUGAUGACUUUGGCACUCAUUACUACACCUCUGGGAAGAUGGGUGGUUCCUAUGAUAUUCUUUACCAAUAUAGCUCUGAGGAACUGCAGAACUCAGGCCUGUCUAUUGAGGAAUCAACAGAGUGUGUCCGAACAGAAACAAUCAGGCGUGUGUUCUUCAUAAAGAAAAAGAAAGUCAGUACCAAAUGCACCACAAACAGGAUGACUGUGAAACAUGAAGGUUCCAUUUUGGAGUCAGCCGAACGAUCAAUUUCCCUGGUAAAAGGUGGCAGGUCAGAGUAUGCAGCAGCUCUGGCCUGGGAGAAAAAGGGGGCUUUUCCAGGACACACAGUCUUCAGAGACUGGCUGGAAUCAACAAAGGACAAUCCUGUGGUGAUUGACUUUGAGGUGUCGCCCAUCGUGGACCUGGUGCGGAACGUGCCGUGCGCGGUGACCAAGCGCCGCCACCUGCGGCGGGCGCUGCGGGAGCAGGCGGGCGGGCUGGACGCGUGCCGCUGCGCGCCGUGCCCCGGCGGCGGCCGGCCCGUGCUCGCGGGCACUCGGUGCCUGUGCCUCUGCCCGCCCGGCACCCACGGCCCCCACUGCGCCACGCGGGCUCCGGGACACGCUCCAGUUGCUGUUGAUGGCCGAUGGGGUUGCUGGUCUGAAUGGAGUCCAUGCGAUGCUUCCUUCAAAAAAAGAAGGACCCGGGAAUGCAAUAACCCCUCCCCAAUGAACGGUGGGAAGCCAUGUGAAGGGGAGCGGGAAGAAGAGGAGGACUGUUACAUCUCUGUGUUCACAGACAGAGGUGCUCCUUGUAUAAAUGAUGAUGAAGCCAAGAGAGAAGAGAAUGUCUUGAUUGGUGAACCUGCAUCUGGAUGUUCUAGGCCAGAACCACCAGAAUACGGCUUUAUCAGAAAUGAAAAGAACCAGUAUGCUGUUGGAGAGGAAGUUGAAAUUGCGUGUGUGAGUGGGCAUAGCCUCAGUGGCUAUCAAUACCUUCGGUGUCUGCCAGAUCAAACCUGGACACAGCAACAUAUUGAGUGCCAACCCUCAGUAUGCCUCAGGCCACCAAUAUCUGACAGUGUCACAAUUUCCCCAUAUAAGCAACAGUACAGCAUUGGUGAAACAAUGAAGCUGAGCUGCCAAGCUGGGUUUAUAGUCACUGGUCACGCAAAGUAUACCUGUGGGAAAGACUUGUCCUGGAUACCUCCUAUUUUGAGGUCUAUUACAUGUGAAAAAGAUGUGCUAACCAAAAUUAGAGGUAUUUGCAGUCCAGGACAAAAACAGGUUGGAUCUCAGUGUGUUUGUAUGUCUCCAGAAGAAGAUUGUGGCCACUACUCAGAAGACAUCUGUGUGCUACAUGCUGUUUCUGAACAGAAUGUGACCAAGCCCAGCUGUCAGUACUCAGCUGAAAUGUGCCUUGGAGUGCAGUCAUUUCAUUUCUUGCAUGCUGGCCCUUGCCAUGGUAAUUCCAACCUGGACUGGGCUAUUGAGCGGGCAAAGCUCUCUACAAAUAGCGUGAAGAAAGUGCCCUGUGGCUAUGACACCUGCUACGACUGGGAGGAUUGUCAAGAGACGCAGACCCAGUGCUCCUGCCUGAUGCCUUACCAGUGCCCCAAAGGAGAGAUCCGCCCUCACUGCAUCCAAAUGGAGACGACGGGGAGGAGGAGGACAGUCAGUCAUUGCAUGCUGGCAGCCAUGAAGUGUGCUGGCAUCAAACUGCAGGUGCUGGAGCAGGGGAGCUGCCUACCAUAACCCAUUCGCUCUCUGCACACACCAUGAUCAUUGCAUCAAAUGCAAACUGAGCCACCCGCGGAAAAGCUUGGUCGGUUAUGAAAGGAUAAAUGGAUCAAAACAAAAGGAUGAUAAAAAAAAAUCCAGCUUGUUAAACAGCUUUCUGGGAGAUGGGUGGCAGUGACUUUUUUCUGUCUGAAAAUGACCUGGGCUCAGGGGUAUAAAGGGCAACUUGUCAUUGCUGACACCUCUGGCGAUGUGCAGAGGAAGGGAGGGGAA